UAGCCUGUAUAGUGUGUUAGGCUUUUUUCAUUAUUAAACCAUUUAUUCAUUAAGAGGCUCAUGUGAUUGGUUUCUGAUGGAAACUUGGAUUCAGAGGGUUGUGUUUGAAAAGUGUUGUUUUUUUGUUUUGUUUUUUAUGCUAAAAUGAUCAAAUCUUCUCUACAAUGUCUUCUAACUAAAAAUAUCAAAACUGAAUGAAGUCAAACCAAAAAAAUAAUUGUCCAUCUUUUUUCUAAAAAAAAAAUUCAUGCAAACAAAUAUUUAAAAUAUCUAAAACUAAAAGUUGUAAUUGAAGAAAACUCAAAUAUGAAUCAGGAGAAACAGACACAAUUUCAACAAGAGAUAUUUAAAGUUCACACAACGUGGAAAAGUAGAAACUUUGGUCCUUAAAAAAAAAGAAAAGAAAGACGUUGGAUUAAAACCUCCAGGACAUUUUAUUAUUAUUAUUAUUAUACCGUUAUUUCAGUCUCCUGGGUUGACACUGUCUGUUAUUUCUGUUCUAUCCUCCGUUCUCUUCUAUUCCUUUUCACUCUAUUCCACUCUGCGUGUUCUAACUUUCUAUUCUUUUUUAUUUUUUAUUUGUUUUCUAUUUUGUUUUAUUUUUUGUUCCAAUGUGACCAACCUACUAACUGGUUCAGAUCAGCUGAACGGCCGUGAAGCUGAAAUGUCUCCGUGUUUCCUCCUCCGACCUGCAAACACUAGUUCAGUUUCUGUUCCUGUUACUGAGCAGAAGGAGUUGAACAAUAUGAUUUCACAGGAACUGGGCUGAGGGGAGGUCCGACGACCCGAGUGGUGCCACAGCUGCAGAACGGCUGGAGACGCCGCGGACUUCCUGUCCCAUGUGGUUUUUCUUAUAAAACACGAGAGGGUUUAAUUUUCUCUGACAGGAACCUUCAAGACCACCGCUGAGUCGACAAAGACAGGACCACCGCAUCCUCUGAAGACCACUCUGGUAAGAUGAAGCAGCAGUGAACUUCUCCUGGGGUUCUGAUGAGGUAUCCAGGUUUUGCAGAAGAUUGCGGAGACAUGAACAUCUGCUACAUCCUGGACGGUGUCCUGGUGGUGUACGGCGUCAUCCUGACUGUUCUCUACUGCCGACUGAUGAGAUCCAAACCAGCUGCCAGCAGCCGUGAGUCUAAGCAGCCUGUCGAUGCCCACAUUUAUGCGGGCCUUGCUGCUCCGAGCAACGACACGUAUGAAACCAUCAGGAUGGACAAAAAGACUGUCUUCUGACAGAUACUGCUGUGAUGUCCUCUCUGAAAUCUUUAUGACUGUUUUUUUUAACUCAUGGCAGGUUUUUCAUUAUAUAUAUAUAUAUAUAUUCAUGUAUUAAAAAAUAUUCUUAUGCUUUUACCUUCUGUCAUGCAUUGAUGAAAAAAGCUAGAAAAUACUAAAAGUGUACGACUAUCGUGUGUAUGUCUUAACGAAUUGUUGAUUUAUUUUUUAUGUUUUUUUAAUAUACGAUUAUAACUCCUGCCUUUUGUAAGUUAAAUUAAGCAAAAUAAACACAACAUAUCUCAGGAA